UACCCCAUAGAAAGUUUCAAACAUGUAACAGGAUGUCACAAAAAAAUGUCGCCGCCUGAUGAUGACGACAUAGACGUCAAAUGUGGACUGUUCCCUAGCUAACAUGCUUCUGUGAAGACUGUACACUUUAAAUCAUGGCUUUGAACCUGCUGCGACCACUGUUGUGUCAGGCCCUGGUGCGGCAGGUCAGGUCUCCCCUCGUGGCCACCUCCAGAGUCAGUGCACCACUUCUGUACCCCAACACCACCUGCUACCCCGCUGCAUGCACCAGGCUCUAUGCCACCAAGAAGGCAAAAGCCAAGGCAAAGGGCCAGUCGGCUAAGGUGAACAUUAAUUCGGCUCUGGUGGAAGACAUCAUCAGUCUGGAUGAAGUGAACGUGGACAUGACAGCUGUUCUCAAUGCACUCAAGGAUGACUUCACACGCAACCUCAGCAUCCGAACCUCGCCAGGAGCUCUGGAUCACAUUAUGGUGACGACUCAAGAUGGGAAGUUCCCUCUCAAGCAGCUGGGUCAGAUCUCCAUGAAAUCACCUCAGCUCAUUAUGGUCAACAUGGGCAGCUUCCCAGAGGCUACAGCGGCUGCCACCCGUGCCCUGAGAGAGAGUAGCAUGAACCUUAACCCAGAGGUGGACGGGACGAUCAUCAAGGUGCCCGUUCCCAAAGUAACACGGGAACAUCGAGAGAACCUCGCCAAGCUGGCCAAACAGUUCAGCAACAAGGCUAAAGACUCACUGAGGAAAGUACGAUCUAAUGCUGUUGCGCAGGUCAAAAAGGCAAAGGAGGGACACUCAGAGGACACCAUACGACUUGUAGAAAAACAGUCGUGGUGCUCCUGCAGCAGCUGAACCGCCAAGGAGGCCACGGAGCCAGGCAACGACAGAGCCAACCACUUCAGCAAAGACAGAAUCGGAUCGAUCCCACACACACACACACCUCUCACUCCCUCCUUCUUCUCUCUCUUCUCCCUCCCACUCUCUCUCUCUAUAUAUAUUCUCAUCACCUCUGGAGUGUUAAGAGCGUCAGAGUGUGAGAAGCCACCCUGAAGAUCUCAUCAAGGAUCCAAUCAGCGCUUGAAUGCGAAAUGCACUCUCCUCUUGCGAUGUGAUGAUGGGGAAAAGACAUUGAAAGAGCCUGUCUGGAGCGAAAACCUCUGCAUAUGCAAAUUGAACUAAAGAUUUCAAUGGAUUUGAUGUUCAUAAGAGUAUCGCUGACCCUUUUCAGGGAUGUAGUAACAGGCUUGCAGGAAAAGAAUAUGGGCAGAUUAGCCUAUUAAUAUUUAUAGAUGUAAUUGGUUGAGCUGUGUGGCAUGAGGCCUUCUUGUGCCUGGUGUAAUGCAGACCAUGUUUAGGCCUAAUCCAGGUGGGCGCUCUUACUGCUUCUAACAGGGAAAUAGCCAGCCAUUUUAGGAGGAAGCUGGAUAUCCUAAUCAGGUAAACUAAUACUGGGCGGUGAGAGUGUUUCCUUCCGGAGCUCUUGGCACGUCAGUCAUUCACAGAAUUGCUCCUGUCUGUUCUGCGAGCCAUUUUAACUCUAUGGAACGUGCCCCCCCCCACAUGCAUUUAGAGAGGACCACACGGGCCCCUUUGGAUAGCCGCUAUACCCACAAGGAGGCUCCCCAACCUUCGCAGGGACCAACCAGACGCUCCAACACACACACCUCCUGCUUCUCAAAUCUGAACAAAGCGUUCCUCAGUCUAAAGUGGUUAAACUGUCAUUUCAAAUCGUCUGGACAUCGUGAUUACCGGCAUGGGAGGAAUUAUAUAUUUAGCUUUAUGUCCGUCGCCAUUUCCUCCCCCCGUCCUGAUCUGAAGUGACUAGCCAGUAGUACCCUCGAUAUUACUAUCUCUGAGGAGUUUAAACCUUCCCCCAGGAGACAAGUGUAAUCAAGGGCUGCCAGCAGGAGAGAGGGAGGGAGAAGGAUGAGAGGUGUGGGGUGGGUGAUGUUGGAGGCCUGUAGUGAUGGGAUGGCGGAGGGAAUGACAAUGGACCCAAUCUACAAAUACAUCUCUACAUCUCAAUCCUUAAAAAAUACUGAAGUACUCAGCCAAGCCUUCUUUAAAAAAAAAAAAAAUUCUGUCUGGCAUGACCUGCUGUUUUGAAAUAUCAAACAUUUUUACAUAGAAUAGAAUUACAUAGAAGUGUAUCUGGACAAUAUAUUCAGAAAAUAAUAUCCUCUCAUUUUGUUCUAAAAGUUCCUUUUUUGCAUGUUCAAAUGACUAAACAUUAACAGACACUUGUCUUUGACCAAAUACUGGUAAUGAAAAUGUUUCGUGUGUCAUCAUUGCUGCAACAGGUGAAUUGUUAGCAAAUUUGAUUAGGAUACAAUAAAUAAAAUCAAUUUCAACCCUUGCAAAA